AUGGCGACCAAUAUACAGGGUGUCAACCCACUUUUCGUAAUGUCGGCAUUUAACAUGUUUUUUUACCUGCUCACGCCGGCUAUUGUGUUAUGGUACAUUUACUUCCGGAUGUCUCGCAAGCAGCUUUACGAGUUAGCCAGUAAGAUCGAAGGAUCCGACGGACUUCCAUUUUUGGGAAACGCAUUGGACUUCAUGCAAGACCCUCAUACUAUUUUCAAUAAAAUAUACGAAAUAAGUUUUGAAUUCGAAAGGAACAUACCCUUAAAGAUGUGGAUUGGGCCCAGGCUGUUGGUGUUCUUGACGGAUCCCAGAGACGUUGAGGUAAUUCUCAGCAGCAACGUGUACAUAGACAAAUCUCCCGAAUACCGUCUUUUCGAACCUUGGUUAGGAAAUGGUCUAUUGAUUAGUACUGGUGACAAAUGGAGAGCACAUAGGAAAUUGAUUGCUCCGACAUUCCAUUUAAACGUGCUAAAGUCUUUCGUGACUCUGUUCAACGUGAACAGCCGAGACACGGUCAACAAACUCAGGAAAAUGGGCAGCACUGAAUUUGACGUUCAUGAUUUCAUGAGCGAAUGCACGGUGGAAAUUUUAUUGGAGACCGCUAUGGGAGUGAGCAAGAAAACACAAAAGAAGAGUGGUUUCGAAUACGCUGCUGCUGUUAUGAAGAUGUGUGAUAUUUUACAUAUGCGUCACACACACUUAUGGCUGAAACCUGAUUUCAUUUUCAAUUUCACCAAAUACGCCAAGGAACAAGUCGGUCUCCUCGAUUUGAUUCAUGGUUUAACCAACAACGUACUAGCAAAGAAGAAGGAAGAAUACUUAAAGAAAAAGAACCAGUUGAAUGAGAUGACCGAAAUUCCGAAAAUCUCCGAGGAAGUUACUGAAACACAAUCAACAACAGAAGUCGAAGAAGUACCUUACGGAAACUCAUUCGGUCAGUCUGCUGGCUUGAAAGAUGACUUGGAUGUUGAAGACGAUGGAGUUGGCGAAAAGAAAAGAGUGGCAUUUUUGGACUUGUUGAUUGAAUGCUCAGAAAAUGGAGUUGUAUUAUCCGACGAAGAAGUUCGAGAACAAGUUGACACAAUCAUGUUUGAGGGUCACGAUACAACAGCAGCUGGCAGCAGUUUCUUUUUGUGUCUGAUGGGCGCACAUCCAGAAAUCCAGGAAAAAGUUGUAGAAGAAUUGUAUUCGAUAUUUGGUGACUCAGAUAGACCAGUGACAUUCCAAGACACGUUACAGAUGAAGUACAUGGAACGAUGCAUCAUGGAGACGUUGCGCAUGUACCCCCCAGUACCAAUUAUCUCUCGACAAUUAAAAGAGAACGUGAAACUCGUCUCAAAAGACCUUACAUUGCCUGUUGGUGCAACGAUCGUAAUUGCAACAUUCAAAAUUCACCGUAACGAAGAAACAUUUCCAAAUCCCGAAGUAUUCAACCCCGAUAACUUCUUGCCAGAAAGAUCAGCAAGCCGUCAUUAUUACGCGUAUGUGCCGUUUAGCGCUGGGCCCAGGAGUUGCGUUGGUCGAAAAUACGCCAUGUUAAAAUUGAAAAUUAUUUUGUCGACCAUUUUACGAAACUUUAAAGUAAACAGUUCUAAAUCCGAGAAAGAUUGGAAACUUCAGGCUGACAUUAUCUUGAAGAGAACUGAUGGAUUUAAAGUCAGCUUGGAACCAAGAAAAUCACUAGCCAAGAGUGCUGCAUAAGUAGUAAUUUUUGAUUAUUAUUGUUUUUUGGAAUGGAUAAUUUUUUUUUCUAAAAAAUAUUUUUUACCAUAAUUAACCAUAGUUAUUGUUUGGACUGCAAUCGAUCCACUAACUAAAUAGUUACCAAGUCCGAGAUAAAUAUUUAUUUUGUACGUAGUUAAACUUUUUAUUCUGUACUGUUUAAUUGUAUAAUUUUUAUUUAAGGAUUAUUGGAAAUUGUAGUUAGAUAAAAUAAACACAUUUUCUUUUCA